AUGUCGUCGGCGGCAGCGGAGUACCCGUGGCGCUCACAGGUCUUCGGCGAAGCCGUGGCCGCGCAGCGCAGCCGCAUCGCGCUGGUGCUGGCGUCGUACCCGCUGCUGCUCUUCCUCGUCAUCCUGGCCGCGUUCGUCAGGUACCUGUGGAUCGCGCUCACCAUGUACUGCGCGCUCCUCUUCGUGCUCUCGUGCGCCGCUCGUACCCUCUCCGCCCGGCCAGCUGCCGCCGAGGCGGCGCUGGUGCGGGUCAGCCGCGGCGGGCUCUCGGCCACGGCCAUCGCCGCGGUCGCGCCGCCGUUCCCGUACAAGGCUUCAGCGGCGGCGUCCGCGCUCGGCGAGCCCGCCGUGCAGUGCGCUGUGUGCCUCGAGGGGAUGAAAGACGGGGAGGCGACGCGGCGGCUGCCGCCGUGCUCGCACGUGUUCCACGUCGGCUGCAUCGACAUGUGGCUCGACUCGCACGCGACAUGCCCGGUGUGCAGGUCCCACGUAGUGCCGCCGCUGCCGCCCAAGGCCGGCAAACAACCGCCCGAGACGCUGCUUGUGCAUCCGUCGCCCGAGCCGCCACUGCCGCCGGUUUAG